UUCAUCUCUUGCAGGUUACCUCUUUGCACUUGGACCUCUGCUUUUUGUCACCAUUUUUGAUGUGUGGCUGGAGAGGUUCACCACAAAGCAGUCGUACGUCAUCAAUCUGAUGUCUAUGGGUACUGUGGCCUUUGGAUGUACAGUGCAGCAGUCCAGUUUCUAUGGAUACAUGGGGAUGCUUCCCAAGCGCUACACACAGGGCGUGAUGACCGGAGAGAGCACGGCAGGAGUGAUCAUUUCACUCAGCCGUAUCUUCACCAAACUACUGAUCAAAAAUGAGAGGAAGAACACCAUCAUCUUCUUCACCAUUUCCAUCUGUAUGGUGCUACUGUGUUUUAUCCUGCACAUAGUGGUGCGAAAGACACGCUUUGUCCAGUACUACACGGGUCUGGUGCGACAGGGCCUGUCCCACGCCAAAGACCACUCACACAACGGAAGCCAGUACCAGGUCCACCAUGAUGUCAUUACAGAAGAAGUAAGAUUUGUAAGUUUUGCAUGCAUGAUCCUGCAUCGUUAUGUGGUCGCCCGUGUGAUCUGGACCUACAUGCUGUCUAUUGCUGUCACUUACUUCAUCACGCUGUGUCUUUUUCCUGGACUGGAGUCGGAGAUCAGGAAUGUCACACUGGGGGAAUGGCUGCCCAUCCUGAUCAUGGCCAUCUUCAACAUAUCUGACUUUGUGGGCAAAAUCUUGGCAGCCGUGCCGUAUGAAUGGAACGGAACUCGUCUUCUCUUCUGCUCGUGUGUGCGAGUAGUUUUCAUCCCUCUGUUCAUCAUGUGUGUGUAUCCGGCUCAGAAGCCCACCUUCAGCCACCCGGCAUGGCCUUGCAUCUUCUCUCUCCUCAUGGGCGUCACUAAUGGCUAUUUUGGCAGUGUUCCCAUGAUUCAUGCUGCAGGCAAGGUGGCACCUGAGCAGAGGGAACUAGCAGGGAACAUAAUGACUGUGUCCUACAUGUCUGGACUGAUGUUGGGCUCUGUGGUUGCCUAUGCUGCCUACAGUUUUACUGCUUCAGGCUCCAGCCUCCACUCAGAGACUGGCUAUAACUUUACCCAGGGGUACUAGUACCUUAGUCCAAGCCAAAAAAACAUGUCAGUUCCUGUCAUCAAUCUCGUCAGGUGGCACCUUUGCCACUCUGUGUAGCAUCUCUGCAGUCCCCAUAAAUCAGACUUCUGCUGCAGGCUUCUUUUGGCCCACCUGCAAUGCUGUGUGCCUGUGAAUGUAGUCAAAUGGAUGAAGAAACAAGCUUUGACACUGUAAAGAGUUAUAUAUGUGUGCUUAGUUGUGUUGCCUCUUCUUGUUCUCUGAGAGUGCUUUUUUCAUGUUGCCAAAAGUUUUUUGGCGCGUUAAAGAUGUCAAACGUCAGCUGUGUGGUGAUACAUUUGAUGUUUCUCCUGAUUUAAUGUCUGACUCCACAUUCUGUGGUGCUGUAUAUGGUAUGACAGACAAACAUGGACAUUUAUGAGUAUAUUCUGACAGGUCUGAAGAACUGUACUGAAUGAGGGUCAUUUAUGUCUGGAUGCAUGUAAAAGAGAUUUGCCGAAAAGAAAACCAUAAUCUUUUGAGUGCAAUAUGGAUACUGGACCUUUUUGCUAAAGCUAAAAGAAUGUAAACGUCUCUAAAUAAAUGCAAUGAAGUUAUCUUCAUUUAGGGUGUAACUAUUAGGCCUAUUUUAAAACUGCUGUAAUAAAACCAGAAAUCCAUUUUCAAUUGGCAUGAUCCUUACAUGAUUACAAGAUUAGUUGUGAUAUUUAAUAAACCAGAUUGUA